GGAACCAGUUAGAUAACUGGGAUAAACAAUAUGGCGGCGAGUGGUGGACAGUUGCGACUAUUUUGUGGCGUUUCUCUUGCAGUUUUAUUCUUUCUCCUUCUUCAUUGUGAUUAUAUCUGUACUUCAAAACCAACAAUUGUUAUAAAACAAUCCAUGCCUCUUACAUCAGAUUGUACUGAUAACACUGGUGCAGUUGUUGGGCAUGAAGCAACAUGGCCUACCUCUACUGGCUCUUGUGAUAAAAAUAAAUGUUGGCAUGGGACACUAAAGAAGUUUGUUCUAACAUACAGUUGCCCCUCCCUGAAUACUGGUGAAAAUCCAGAUAGUGGCAAUUGUUUUGAAACAUCCAAUACUGGUUUGAGUUUCCCAGACUGCUGUCCAACACUCAGUUGUAAUUCCUCUGUACCAUUGACAACUCUGGCACCAACAGCUUGUUAUGACCUGAGCUCAGAUUUUGCCUGCAGUGUUUGGUCAAACAUGACCAGCGGAUGUCAGAAUGGGACCGAUGGUUAUGCAGACAGGAUAUACAACUACACAACCAUCUUCUGCAGGAAAACCUGCGGAUUUUGUUAGACAGUUGAGCCCAGUGUGUGAAGAUUACCGGUAUUUAUUCCGUCCAGGAUAAUUUGCAAUCAGGAGAAAAUACUAUUGUAAAUUUUUGUUUUAUUUACAUGUAUAUGCAUAUAUAGUACAUCUCCUUCUUACAUUUCCCCAAACUAUUUUUUGUAUUUGAUUGUACGAGGGUUGUCCCAAAAUUUCGUAGACUGGGCUCAUAUCUUUCAAAGAAAUUAAUGUAUCUUUAUAAAAUUUUCAGGGUGGAUAAAGUGUGUUCUUGACAGAUAAAUUACGAAGUUUUAUCAUGUUUACUUGAAAACUUUUCGAGAAAUAACUUUUCAAGUGAUAUUGUUCUCUAACAUCUGGAGCAAUCUGCAAUGUCAAAAAAUACAAAUGUCAACCGGUCAAAUUUUUGGCGAAAAUAUUUCAAUUACCAGAAUCAAAUUCUUAAAUUAAACGAAACGAUUAUAGCUAUAAAUGUGAAAUAUCUUAAUUACGAUAAUAUGAUAAAACUUUAAAAUAUGUUAACAAAUUAUAUGCAUGUACAGGUAUGAAAUAAUAAUUAUUUGAAAACGCUAUAUUUAAUAGGGCUUUUCGUCUGUUUCCUCUAAUGGAGUUGCACAAUGGAACUCUUGCCCAUUUCUUAGCCCUGUCUUUAUUUUAGUUACUGUUAUUCACAUAUACAUAGAGAAAUAGUUUUUGUAAUUUUAAAUACUAAGGACGAGAAAAAGUUUCCUAGUUUACCAAACAUUUAUGACUGGUACAUUUCUGUAAGAGUGAAUUCAGGAUCAAAACACUUGAUCAUAGUCCAGUGCGCCGCCUGUGCCAACGCAGCCGCUAUUUUGAAAAAAGUCCAAUUUCAACCCAAGUAUAUAAAACGUUAUAAAAUUCGUAUUUAUCAAAGCAUAAACACCAAAAAUUCAGGAAAUAUAGUUAAUAAAACAUUAUUGAGAAUUUUCAUUUCCUUUAAAAAAAAUACGGGGUAGUGAUUACUUUUCUGUAGGAUUUUAAAUAUAAUAUGGCAAGUUUUAUUUGCAACUUUUGAGUAUUGCGCCACCUUUCUACAUUAGACAAUGAAAUGUGUCUUUCAAAUUGGAAUAAUCUGUGUAGUUUCUCCAUAUUUGUCCAUAAAUUUAUUAGAUAGUAUUGGUUUAAUCUGUAUAUGAAGUUUCAUUAAUGUAUGACAUGGGGUUCCUACAAAGCAACACUUGUCUACGGAAUUUUGGGACAACCCUCGUACUUUUGUUUUUUAAUACAUGAACUUGUAAUUGCAUUGUUAUCUUCUCUAUAUUAUAGUAUAAACAUGCUGUCUACAUUCCAAAGUAUUCUAAAACAUAUAUUUUAUACUGUAGACCUACUUUUUUCUACAGGGUCAUAAUUCCGCGGAAUCUGAAUUUCUGUUUAAUCUGCGGGUAGAAAAUUAUGCCGUCUUCUUAGACUGUCACUAUAUGCCUUACAUUUAUAAAUAUUAAGUACGCUUGGAAAAAUUUCCACGGAAAAUUUUCGCCCACGUACAUAGCUUAAAUUAAUACCACACGGAAAAAUGUACUUCUACAGUAUCUAAAUACCAUUAAUUGUAUACAUCAUUGAACGUAUAAUAUUUUCAUCAUUUUAUAGAGGAGGUGAUUGUUUAUUAGAA